CAACAACAUCGCAUCGGUUCAGGCCACAAAGCUUCAUCGCAAGAUAUAUAAAAGACAGUAUACACAUGUACGUAUAGCAGACAGCCACCACCGCCGACCUUCACGGCUAUACAUAUUGCGUAGCCAGAUACGUCGUGGGCACAACAGACUCGAAGCCUACUCGAAGCCUUCUUGAAGCAGCUAUUAUGACUUUCAACGCCCCACUCCAUCUGAUAGCUAUCCCUGCCGCCUUUUGGGGGCACAUGCGACCCAUGCUCAAUCUUCUCCUCAACCUCCUUAAGACCCAUCCAAACGUUUAUAUCACUGCCUUCCUCACACCCUCUAUCUCGUCUCAUAUGCUGGUCGACCUUCAGUCGUUCAUCGCAAAGGAAGACCAAGGCAAAUCUGGCUCCGGAUCAAACAGACUCCAAAUCAUUACUUGCGGGGAUCAGCCUCCUGAGGAUACUUUUGUGACCCCUGAUUUCGCUGAGGAGGUCAAGAACUAUGCGAGAAUUCUGCCAGAGUUUGUCAGAGGCGCCUUGGAAGGGAAGACCGACCUGGGCCACGGGAGGAUCAACAAGUUCGCCCAUACUACGGUACCAAGCAGAAUUAUCUUUGACAUGUGCCAUACCUUCUUCCCGGCCGAGAUGAGGAAAAUUGCCAAGGCCAUCAACCUACCUGUACCGCUCCUCUUCAUUUUCACACCUUUCAGUCUGUCGGCGCUUUACCAUCUUUACAUCGAAGGCGGUAAUGGCAGCUUUGGAAGAAUUUUGAAAGCUGUGGAACAAGAUAUCAGCGAUGGUAUUGACAUCAUUGAGUCAUACAAGAAUCGAGCUUCAGGAUUUCUCAACGGAUCUGUGACCACCCCCCCCGAUCUACCGACCAAGUUUGACCACGAGUGGUGGCCUCUGAUGAUCACGCAAGACGCCCCCGCUCAAACCACCAUGGGUUUUAUCCCGUCACACGGCACCAUUCACGACAGCGAUGUUACCGGGGUCGUAGUCCCAUUCAUCGAAGAGCUAGAGCCAAGAUCUACGGCAACUCUGGAGAAGGAGUUGGGGAAGUCAAUCUACGCCGUUGGCCCGCAGUUGCCUCAAGAAAUGUGGGAUGGGACGGUAUCUCAGACAGCGCCUGAUGCCGAAGGUCAGAAGGUAAUCAGGUUCUUGAACGAUAUGAAGAUCAAACAUGGCCCCAUGACUGUCGCAUACGCCAGCUUUGGCUCCAUUUUCUUCCCCUUCACCCGUCCCGAGAUCGUCACCUAUCUUCUCGAAUCUCUUCGCGAGAAAAACAUGCCGCUGGUCUUUGCCUAUCCAUCUGGAUUGAGACCUCCGCCACCCCGGCUGCUCGAGCCCUUUGAAGGCUUGGAGGAUGUGUGUUUGGUAAAGUUUGCACCGCAGUGGCAGGUCUUGAACCACGAGGCUACUGCAUUCUUCGUCACUCAUUGCGGUAGCAACAGCAUGUCAGAGGCGAUCCUCUCCGAGGUACCUGUUGUCACGAUGCCCUUCGGGUGCGACCAAGCGGAGAUCGCCUCGCUACUUACAGAUGUCCUUCACGUCGGGAUCGACCUCAAGCAAUGCAAGACUUUCUAUGACCCCGCUUUCCGUACCCUCUACGACGGCACCGAAGUGAUUGGUACAGAAGAGGCUAUCAAGGGAGAGAUGAAGGAGGUUUGGGAAAGGAUGAGGGGAACAGAGGGAGAGGUUAUGAGAACAAGGAUCAAGGAGGUCAAAAGCAGGCUGAGGGAAAGCUUGGCCAAUGGGCAAGCUGGGCGGGAUAUGGCGAAGCUUGUAGGUCGAGUGGACUAAGCGCCGCGUCCGUAGUCGAUACCAUUGAAGUUCGUCGCCGAGUAAAGCGAUUGUCCAUAUACAGAGCGUACAAUGCAUACUAGAUAUUACGGAA